CAAACUAGUCGGAGUGUACUUCACGAUCGUGGAACCACUGAUGGACUCGGCAGUGGGAGGGGCAAGAGACGUCACCGUCACAGGAGCAGCAUUUCCGAGUCGAAACUUCUAGAAAAGAUGAGUUUUAUACUAGAAGAAGUCGAGGAGGAAGCGGGGGAAGACGAAGGGAGUGAGAGCGGCGGGAGUGGUAGUGGGAAUAGCGCAAGUACCGGUCGUACGGUGCAGCAAAGGCCCACGCCUAUGUCUGCGUUAAGUCGCGCCAGGACGGCUUCCGCCCCAACAGAUGCAUUGUCCAUGAGGACCGCGAGUGGAUCGGGGUCAGGAUCCAUUCUGAGAAGGGGUUAUGUGGCUGGUACGGGCUCGAGAACGGCAAGUAUUUAUUCCGGGGUCAGUGGUACGAGCAGCUCGAGACAUAGUUUUAACUCGUAUCAGACUUCGGGGAGAAGGGUCCUUAUUCCAUCCCCGUUACCCGGGAUAAAUGGGCAGUCACAUAUCUUAUCCGCCUCCUCUGCCUCCCUUCCAACUCGUUCCUCAACACCACACUCUUCGUUGCCCAACGGUUCGUUGACGGCGUCGUCGGUAUAUUCGCCUUCAGCCUUUGGGGGUAUAUAUCGUGCGUAUAGCUCGCUAGUCUUGCCCAGAGCUGCGUUCACGCCGUCAAAGCAUCCGGACAGGGUUAGCAGCCAAAUCGACAUUACAAAAAGUGGGUUAGCGCAGACCAGCAUGGCUACGGUAGAGGUUAGACGCGGCGCUGCCGAAGCCCUAUUGAGAGGUAGUGUUGGUAGCGGUGGCACCAAAGGAGGGUUGGUCGGACUGACGAGAUUGAGUGUAUUUGGUGGAUUGGGUAGUUUGAAUGGGAAGGGAAAUAGGAUGAGUGGUUUGUUUAGCAGCAGCUCGUCUGGUGGGGGCAUUCGUGGUCGUACUAUGAAGAUUGGUGGCGGUGGGAGUGGAGGCCGGGCAUCGAGGAGCUUAGAGAUGCCGGGACACUUGAGAGAGAAAUUGAAAAUGGAUUCUCCAAGUCCAUUGGCUUUUUCCGUUCAUACGCCCCCACCAAAUAAGUUGACGAGUGGGCAGGUGCUUGUGCAGGUGUUUAUGGUUGGGUUGGAUUGGCUGGACGCGCUUGUUGUUAAGGAGAAGGUUGAAGGGAGUGGUGGAGGGGAUGUUGGGGGAGGGAGGGGGGAGGGCUGUGGGUUUGUACCAGGCAGGAGCUUUGUUGGGAGGACGGUUGAAGUUGGGUUCGAGGUUAGGAAUGUGUGCAAAGGCGAUUGGGUGUUCGGGUUGCUCGAUCUUGGCAAGUGCGGCGCACUGGCAGAAUUCAUCAUCGUGGACAGACGGCGCGUCCACCGGGCGCCAAACUUAAUGCAUAGCGAUCUUCACCUCGAACAAGUGGCGUCUCUUCCUUUAUCAGGCGUACCUACGCAUCGGGCCAUACGAACAUUACCCAAUGUAGUGAAGGGGAAAAAAGCACUUGUAUUAAAUGCACACGAUGGCGCAGGGGCGUUGAUGGUGCAGGUGCUAUGUUCGCACGAUGUUAUUGUCACGGCCCAAGUUCCUGCAGGCAGCGGUGUUGGGUUGCGAGCAUUAGGUUCAAUGCAGAAUGGGAGGGGUGGGAAGGGCAACGCGACAUCUUCGAGUAAAAGCGAGGGCCAUCAGGUUGAGGAGGUAGAGCAAAGUGAAGAGGAAGAGGAGGGAGAAAAAAUCUCGACGUUUGAGGAGAGAGCAAAAAUGUAUGGAGCGUCGAGAGUAAUGGUCGGUGAUCCGCUUGUGGUGAUUGCGGAGUGUAAGGAGGGGGAGUUCGAUUAUGUUUUGGAUACUGUUGGUGGGAAGAGGAUAUGGGAAGCUUCAGGAUGGGUUUUGAAGAGUGGCGGCCAGUUUACUACGCUCGUCGGCGAUGCGCCUGAUAUCGUCCCCUACACCAGCUCAAACUUCAAAUCUAACCUCCGUUCGAUUCAGGGUGCGCUCAAGAGGAAGAAAGGUUAUGAAUGGGUGAUGCCCAAUGCGGAGUUGGAUACGGAAGGGGAAGAUGUAAGGGAUGCGUUGGGGAGCGUGGCGAAGAUGGCUGAGGCUGGGUUGAUGGUGCCUUGGUGUAAGCAGGGCGUUAAGUUUGAAAGGACUGCGGAUGUAUUUGGUGAAGGCGUUUCCGCGAGGCUAUUUGAAGGUGGGGGCGUUGUGGUUAGCAAGAUUAUUGGCUGAGAGGGGUCUUUUUCCCAAUCUCUAACCAUACCGACCCCACAAAUUCAGCCUGAAAAGAACCCCCUCAUUCCCUUCACCCUCCGGUUUUCCAUCAUUGUGUUUCUCUUCCAUCCCUAUCUUC